AUGGCAUUUAUUGUAGAGCUCUGGCAGUCUGUGUUCACUCCAGGCACGACACCUGCGCUUAUGAAAGCUCUCCAUGCGACAUUCAUCUUGCUUUUCAUAUCACUUUUCUGGUUGAUCUAUGUCACUGGAUCUAUCCAUUACAUCAACUUACUGGUCAUUGCAUUGUUAUUAUACGGAUCUGUUCUUUGGUUCGUCAAGGAGUUGGAACAAGCUAAGCUUAAAACCAACGAGGAGCUUCUUCAAGAAGGUGAAGAGAAGAAGGAAGGUGAGACCGAGUCCACCAAGGCAGAAGGUCUGGGAGUUUCUUCAGAGAAAGCGGCUCCAGUUAGAAAGCGGAAAGUGUAA